CAUUAGCGCACUUCACGGAGUGUGUGAAUGCAUAUACCCAGAACCUUGCGCACCCUAAACUUAGCCACCACCACCGCACCAGUACCAGCAGCAGCACCUUCUUCUAUUCUUCUUCCUGCCUCACCAAACGAAACUCUUCUCUCUUUUCUUAUCUCAUGUUUUUCAUUCUCUCUCAAACUCUAUUCCUGAUUAGGGUUUUCUCUAUUCCCAAUGCCUGCUAAUUCUGUCUGCCAAUUCCCAACCCUGCCAGCUCCUUCGAUCCUUCACCCAAGUUCCUUCGCCGUUUACUUUUGCGCCAUUCAGAGCGAAUCGGGAGCUGCUUCCUGCCAUGCCGCCUAGUCGGAGAAAGAGCGGAAAAAAGGCGGCGGCGGCUGCCGCCGCUUGCAGUCAGUUUAAGGUCGGCGAUCUCGUGCUUGCUAAGGUUAAGGGAUUCCCUGUUUGGCCUGCGACGGUGGAUGAGCCGCAGAAGUGGGGUUACGCUGCUGAUCGGAAGAAAGUAUUUGUCUACUUCUUUGGAACCCAACAAAUAGCAUUCUGUAAUCCUACCGAUGUAGAAGCAUUUACUGAAGAUAAGAAACAAUCUCUUGCCAAACGUCCAGGAAGGGGUGCUGAUUUUGCACGUGCAGUAAAGGAGAUUAUUGAAAGUUAUGAAAAAUCGAAGUGUGAUAAUCUAGAUGAUGACACUAGUUCUGAUGGUGAAAUUGGUAUUGCAAAUUUAUCAAAUCCACUUGAUCCAUCUGCAAACCUAUGGUCAAAGGAUGAGAUCGAGGCUCCUUUGGCAAUUAAUUCACAAAAGGAAUCUUCAAAUUGUGUGAUCGGCAGACCUGAUGUAGUUUGUGCAGCUGAGGAUGCUGUUGCAUUGAGGAAUGAGUCAUAUAAUAUAGAGGCAUCAUUGGAUGAACCUACUGAUAAUGCUACUGUGACUGCAACUGUAAAAUCACCUUUUCCAAUUACCCUAAGAAAUGAACCAGCUCGAAGGAUUAGAAGCACAUUACAGGUCCAAGACUUUGUUGUACCUUGUAGUGAUGGUGAAAAUUUCGGUGAUGGCAAUAGUGAUGACUAUGUAUUAGCUGAUGCAAUUCAGAAAAUGGAUAUACGAAGGUGUAAACAUACCAGGAAAUCUCCUAGUCUUUUCGGUUGUGAUGAUACUAAUUCACUUGCAUUUGCCUCAAAUCUUAGCAUGGAGGACAAUGGUUCUGAAAUUAUUACAAUAAAUUCUGAUGGCUUUGCUUUAAAUGAGGGAAGUACAAUAGAUUGUAAUUUAAAACUUGAACAGUCUGAGCCUUUUGAAUGCCCUGAAGGUGAAGAUGAUUUGAACAAAGGUCUUGAUCUAGAAAUAAAGACUGUAAUCAGCAAGAAGAAAAGAAGACCAACUAGGAAGAAAGAAACUAAUGAUGCUGGUGCACUGAAUGCCAGUCAAACUUUGCUGAAUAUGAGUGAAAAUUCAAAAGAGAGAUGCCCUGACCAAGAUGGAGAUGAACACUUGCCCUUGGUGAAACGAGCCAGAGUUAGAAUGAAUAAAUCAUCAACAGAGGCAGAACUUAAUAGCACUGUAGAAGUCCUGGUGAAGAGUGGUGAUGAAGAUAUUACUGACUCACCACAUCAAUUAAUCACAUCCUCAAAUUGUGAAAAUGGUAGCCAUCCUGAAGUAGGUUCAUCAGUCUUGAAAGAAGCUUUGGUUAAUGUUUCUCCUAACUUAAAAGCUCCAUCUUCAGAAAAUGGUUCUCAUAUUUGUAAAAUUAAGAAAGAGCAAAUGAUUGGCUUUUCUGUGAAUGAUGAAGCUGCUCUGCCUCCAUCUAAACGUAUUCAUCGUGCUUUGGAAGCAAUGUCUGCCAAUGCUGCUGAAGAUGGUCAAGCUUGCAUGGAAUCAUCAUCCUCUAUGGUGGCAUCACCUGGUAGGUGCUGUAUAUCUACUCUCGAGAAAUGUCCUUGCAUGACUGAUAAUAAUGAAGGAGGUAAUGGUUUAGAACUUCAAAGGUUGGAUUCUUGUGACAUUGAUUCUUCCCAUGUUAGUGUGUCUAGUUUCUCAGCUCGUUCAAAUACAAUUAUUUCCAUAGAGAACGGGUCAUCUAUAGAAUUGGAUGAGCAGUUGGCCAAGUACGAAAAUGAAAUUGGAAAGGAUGCCAUCCCUUGUGAUAGACAGCAAGUUGGUGAAGAUCUUAUUGAUUCUGUUGUUUGUUUUCCUUCCAAAAUAGUUUCUCAAAUUGAGUUACAUGGCAAAAUUUCUCCUAAUCCUGAUAUGAAAUGUUGUCAAGUUGGAAGCAAUCAAGAUUCACCAGGUCCAUCCUUGUUACCAAACGGUGAUGUCAACAUCAGGCCUUUGAACCAUUCAGAUGCAUCAAAUACAUUAGAGCAUGGCGGAAUAAGUCUUGAUCCUGUGUUCAGGGCCAGUGAAAGUGAUAAAUUAUUACCUCAAAACAGAAGUAACGUGCCCCAGAAUGUGGUGGUUGGUUGUGAGGAUGUGAAGCAAGUAGUUGGUGACAGCAAAAAAAUUAAUGACAUGCAUGAGGUUAUUAAAGAAGUGAAAUUUAAAGGACAAGAGGAGGAUAUGAAUUCUGUCUCAAUAUCAAAUGAUUAUUCAGGUGAAAAGGGUAAUUUAGGGAUUGUGUCAAGCCCAUCUUUGACUGAUGGGAGAGUCUGCCUUCCACCAGGUUCACCUCCAAACACAACAUCAGUCUGCAAUAUUUCUACAUCAGACAGUAGUAAUAUCCUUCAAAAUGGAAGUUGUAGCCCUGAUGUACACCAAAAAAACACUUUAUCGGUUCCUACUGAUGGAUGGAAAGAUGGGAUUGUGGCAAAUGACCGAUCAAGAUCUGUGGGCAAGUCAACUGAAGCAGGAGAUGCUGCUUUGUUGUACUUUGAAGCAAUGCUUGGGACAUUGACAAGGACAAAGGAAAGUAUUGGUCGAGCAACACGCAUUGCUAUUGACUGUGCAAAGUUUGGCAUUGCAACUAAGGUGGUUGAAAUUCUUGUACGUAAUCUGGAAAUUGAGACGAGCCUGCAUCGGAGGGUGGAUCUGUUUUUUCUUGUUGAUUCUAUUGCUCAAUGUUCUCGAGGGUUGAAAGGAGACAUUGGUGGAGUGUAUCCAUCCACUAUGAAAGCAGUGCUGCCACGUCUAUUGUCUGCAGUUGCUCCUCCUGGAAAUGCUGCAAAAGAAAAUCGUCGUCAGUGUCUUAAGGUAUUAAGGCUGUGGUUGGAGAGAAAAAUCCUUCCUGAACCCAUUAUUCGGCAUCAUAUGCGGGAAAUAGACUCAUAUAGCACUUCAGCUUCUGCAGGUGUCUACUCACGCCGUUCAUUAAGAAGAGACAGGCCUUUUGAUGACCCUGUCAGAGACAUGGAGGGCAUGUUUGAUGAAUAUGGAAGCAACUCAAGUUUUCAGCUACCUGGAUUUUGCAUGCCCCGAAUGCUUGAAGAUGGAGGAAGUGAUUCUGAUGGAGGGGAGUUUGAGGCUGUUACUCCUGAGCAUGAUUCUGAAACACAUGAAGUGCAAGAAAUGGCUCAUGCAAUUGAAAAACGCAGGCAUGUGUUGGAAGAUGUUGAUGGUGAGCUUGAAAUGGAAGAUGUCGCUCCCUCUGUUGAUCUUGAAUUAAAUUCAAAUUGUAAUGUUGAUAGAGUAAAUGUCCCAGAGUUUGAGAAGAAUCUUCACAUGUCAUUUGCUCCUCCUUUGCCACAAGAUUUGCCACCGUCUUCCCCACCCCCACCUUCAUCUCCACCACCUCCACCACCACCACCUCCUCCUUCUCCUCCUCCUCCUCCUCCUCCUGUUCCUCUACCUGCACCCCCACCUACUGCACAGCUCACAUCAGCUACCUCUGAUCAAUUUCAUGUUGCAGUUGAUUCAAAAGGUUUUGGAGAUUCACUGACCGUGAAAGCCAAUGUACUGCAUCCUAUGGCUCAGCCCUUUUCUGAACCAAGAAAUGGUCAACCUGCCAGUGAGGCAAUGCAGUAUACUGUCCAUGAAUGUAGAGACAAGCCAAUGCAGAUGCAGUCGUCUACUUGCUCUUUGAACAUUCGCCCUAUACAAUCAACUGACAUUUCCAGGAACACUGAUGGUGGUACUAUGCAUAAUAAAGGUUACUCGAUACCACCACCUCACCAUGUGCCAUCUAAUCAGUUUUCUUUUGUUCAUGGGGAACAUCGUAUGAAGUCUCAAAGGGAGGUUCUGCAACCCCUUCCAUAUUCCAAUGAUUACCAUUUUGUGCCGAGUAUGAAGAGAGAAUUUGGUUAUGAAAAUCAUGAGAGAUUAAAACAACAUUCAUGUGAUUACCAAGAGAUAUGGAAUGGUCCUCCUUCUUAUGGUCCUUGGUAUCAUGACAGAGGUGUGACUGCUCCUUAUGGUUGUCAUCCAAGUGAACCAGCCAGUUUUCCAGGUCAUGAAUGGAGAUUUCCUCCCCCACCACUGAAUUACAGGGACUCCUUGCAUUUUAGACCUCACUAUGAAGAUGCAAUUCCAGUAGCAAACCGAGAAAGCAAAGAGAUAGAGAAAGUUGUGGAAAGAGUCUUCUCUCACUUUUCAGAAAUGGGUGCUGCUGAAUCAGUCUCGGAAAAAUCCAUCCAUGAAUUCUCGGUCAAGGAUGCCAAGGGCAGAGACGUGAACCUCACCACCUACAAGGGGAAGGUUCUGCUUGUAGUUAACGUUGCUUCAAAAUGUGGAUUUACGAAUUCCAAUUACACCCAGUUAACUGAGCUUUACAGCACAUACAAAGACAAAGGUUUUGAGAUACUGGCAUUUCCAUGCAACCAGUUUUUGAAGCAAGAGCCGGGGAAUAGCGAAGAGGCAGAGCAAUUUGCCUGUACAAGGUACAAGGCUGAGUAUCCCAUUUUUGGAAAGAUACGUGUCAAUGGACCUGAUACAGCACCUGUCUACAAAUUCCUUAAAGCAAAUAAAUCAGGAUUUUUGUGUUCUAGGAUAAAGUGGAAUUUCACCAAGUUUUUGGUUGACAAGGAAGGGAAAGUCCUACAACGUUAUGGUCCAACCACCUCACCACUGUCCAUUGAAAAGGACAUCAAGAUGGCAUUGGGGGAGGCAUGAAAGACUCUACAAUCACUUCAAAUUGAUGCUCUCUUGUUGAAGAUGAUUGAAACAUAAGGAAUGUAUAUUUGUAGAUGUUUCUUCUAGUGUUGAUUUCUUAUAUAUUUCAUGUCUAGGGUUUUAGAAUUCUGUUUUGGUUUUAUGAUGUAAAUCGUUACACUUUAAACUGACUAAUGAACAUUAGUUUGAGUUGUUUGUUUUGAUGAUUGUGACCUAAAAAUGAUCUUUCUUUGGGUUGAAAUGAAUAAAGGUUAAAGUGCAGGCUAA